CAAAUCUGAAAUAAUGGACGGGAUCCACACGGUGGCGGCCGCUGACGCAUCGGUGGCCCGCCUGAAGGAAUGCAUGGCCAAACUGGAUGCUGAAUGCGAUGUCAAAUCCCCUCGAAGUGAACCCGACUUUGUUGCUGUGACCAAAGCCGACAUGGACGAAGCCACCGCGUUGUCGCGUGAGAUCGCCGAGUUCUUGGACUCACAGCGACGAGUUAGUGCCAACAAAGACAAACUCAAAGCUACCCAUCGAGAGUUUGUCGAGGCGAUGAAGGAGUUGCAGGUGAUUCAGCGCAACUACGCUCGGAAGCGAGAAGAACUGGUGGAAUACGACUUGAUUCAGGCAGCUGUGGUGUCGCCCGAUGACUUGAAGCGCAUGAAAGACGAACAAGUGAAACUUGCAAAGCUCGUGGAAGAGACCGGCACUGUGCAUCAAGUGUUCAAGGCCGUGGGGGAGGUCGUGGGCUCUCAAACAACGGACGUGCUGCAAGUGCAAGCAAAGGCCGUGGACUUGAAGCUUCAGAUUGGGCGUGCCAUCACUGAAGAAGAGCAAGCAGCGUACUUGCAAUGGCAGGCGCUAAAGAAAAAGUGUCUGGUGCUGUUCCUGUUGCUAUUCAUUAUCGCAGGCAUAGCCACGCCCGUGGUGCUGUACUACGUAAACCAGUCUCAAUCAUAAAUUAGCCUUUGG